AUGCGGAGGUGGCACUGGGCAAGGCUACGGGUUGAUAACCUCGAUGCACAUGCCCCUGUGGACUCCCCGUACCCGUCGGCGCAGAGCGUGAGGGACCUGAUCAAGUCUGGCCCUCCGGUUUAUGGUAUGGAAGCCGUGGGUGACGAUAUACCGCUCAGCGAGGGAGGUGAACUUCUUCUUGAGAGGUUGACGGCGCCUGAAGAAGAGCCUCUCUGGGUUCUCGUCUGGGGUGGGGUCAAUGUGCUUGCCCAAGUCCUCAACAAGAUCCGCAACCGCCCAGACGCAGCCAAGCUGCGACAGAAGUUGCGCGUGACUCACGAAUGGGUCAAAGAAAACGUUCAGAUCGGUCCCCUGGGCGCCGCAUACCCGGAUUUCGAGUUCAUCAUUGAGGGAGACACGCCCACGUUUCUGUACCUUAUUCAAAACGGUCUGGGCGUUCCAGAAGAGCCUCUAUAUGGAUCCUGGGGCGGCCGCUACAUCCCAGUGAAUGUGAGCUCAAAGGGACUUUCUUCCAGGGGUCACUUUGCCGACGCCAUCGACACUGUGACAGGUGUGGACGGCAAGCCGCACAGGUCCAACCAAGCGACCAUCUGGCGGUGGAGGAACGCUUUCCAGGACGACUUUGCCGCACGCAUGCAGUGGGCUUUGACAUCCGAUUUCAGCAAGGUCAACCAUCAUCCCAUCGCGGUUGUGAAUGGCGAUUCCAGCUUGACGCCCAUUCACGUCGAAGCCGAUGCGGGAGGCGUUAUUACUUUCGAUGCGUCGGAAAGUUACGAUCCCGAUGGUGACAAACUCAGCUUCAAAUGGUACCAGUACCGCGAGCCAAGUUCGUUGCAGACGUAUCACGGAUUGGAGGUGUCUGACAUUGAGAUCAAGGCUCUCGACGACGGCGGAAGUAAGGUGGAGGUCAAGAUUGCGCCUGCGGAGAAGUCUUGCAUUGUGGUCAGGGAAAAGAUUCACCUGGAACGAGGCCUGCCGCUGCACUUAAUACUUGAAGUCACGGAUAGCGGCUCGCCUGCAUUGACGAGCUACCGCAGAGUGAUAAUACAACCUGUUGAUAGAAACUUUGCCUUUAGAAAGUAGAUAAUUACCACGGCGGAGUCCGCACUUAAAUAGAUUGUGAAGUU